AUGAAGAUGAAGUACGAGGAGGAAGAACCGGAAGUGAAGAGGAAGUACGAGGAGGAAGCGGAAGAAGAACUGGAAGUUUUAGAGGAUGGAGGUGAAGAUGAAAGAGCAGGAAACGAGGAGAAGAGCGAUGAUGAAGACGAGGUUGAAGAACAGAGGGAUGAAGAGGAAAAUGAGGUUUUGGAGAAGAAAAAAGAAGAGAGAGAAAAUGAGGAAGAAGAGAUAACAGGAGGUCAUGUUGAAGAAGAGGAAGAGAUGGAGACAGCAGGAGAAAAGGAGGACGAGGAGGUACAAAUCAAAGAGGAAAUAGUUGUUGGAAAAGAGGAAGAGGAGGAAGAGGUAGAAGAGGAAGAAGAAGACUCUGCCAGAAACCAGAAUGAGGACGUUUAUCCCAGCUCAGCGAGCAGCGACAGAGAAACAACACAAAGUCUGACGGACACAAAGUCUGCCCAUCUGGAUCUGAGAGAGGACGAGACGCAGAGUUUGGAGGAAAGACUCAAAAUAAAGACGUCGUCUCCGGGAGAAACAUCUGCCGUCGUCAGGGACUCUACACCUGGACCGCAGACAGCUUGCAGGUUGAAGAAGAGAGUGGCGUUGAUGGAUCCAGAAGCGUCACUAAUGGCCGAAGAAGAAGGAGGAGGACGAGGAACACAAAACUCAUCCAAUCCUGCGAUGGAGGCUAAGGAAGGAGAACCGGAUGAAGGUCAAAACUCUGGCCUUACGAACGGCAAGGCUGACAACAAGAAGAAGAACGGCAAGCCACAAGCGUCGAAGUUCAAAACCGUGUCGUACAGAAGGAUCCGGAGAGGAAACACCCGGCAGAGGAUCGAGGAGUUUGAGGCCAUGAUGGAUUUCGUAAUUUAACCGGAGAGAGUUUUGGUUCUGUUGGCUCUCUGAGCUCUUGUGGUUAAAGAUGAUAGCGGCAUCGUUUAGAGAAAAGUAUAGGGGCCCAGGAUAGAGCCUUGUGGUACACCUUAAGCAUCAUAUUUUUGGGAAGAAACUGAAAUAAAGUAUAAAUGUUUUGUUCCGUGA